AUAACUGUUCUAUAGACGCGAUUUUUGUCUUUAAAAAACAACAAAAGUACUCUUUAAAGGAACUCCAUUACUUUUGUCAUUUGUCGGUUAACACUAUCUUUACAAGUUCCGCAUAAGCUCCAAAGUUCAAAGUUCCGCAUUCCGCAUGGUUCUACUGAUCACAUCAUAUGCAUGUCUUGUGACGAACAGGAAGACCUCCUACGAAAAUUGCUCAUUGACAGCCAUACGUCAUGUUUUGUUUUCAAUAUAACUCGGUUUUAUAAAUAACAAAAUGUUUCUACCAAGGCAAAGUGUCGCUAAACGAAUUGAGCGGGCAAAAGUAACUCUUCUGUAGAAUUGUUGGAUUAACGAUUGGCCAGUUUGGCCUAUCAAACGUCAUAAACUUUCCCGGAAAAUGGCGACAAUAACGGAAUUGGAGAAUGCUGUUCCCGGGAAAUUUGGUUUUCUGAGAUAUAUCUGGACGGUAUUUACCUAUUUAUUAAGAAUGGUAACGAAGUCUUUUAGACUUUCAGUUAAAAAAGCCUUCGUCAUCACAGAACACACCCAGCAUGAAAAUCUGACAAAUAUGGAAAAACAAGAUCAGAGUUGUCAGACUUCAAUAGAGCGUUGUUACCAUGGCAACAAAUAUCGUCGUCAUAAUGGGAACAAGAUAUAUGUUACAAGUAUCAAGGAUGUAUUAAAAGUCCUCGGCCGGCAUUUUAAAGAGGUUUAUGCAGGAUUUUAUGAACCGCCACAAACCGCAUCAUCCUCGUCUUUUAAUCACGUGAUAGUCCUAAACCUGUUCCAGUCCCCCAAGCGCGCAACCUUUAAGCCACACCCCAAGUACGAUGAAAUAAUGGCGAAACUAACGUGGCUUGAGGACAACGGCGACUUUGAUGAAUUCGACAGGUAUUCGUCAAAACAACACGAUCGCUAUAAAAACGAAAGCCCGGAUAUCACCGUCGCAAUAUUGGUCGAGCAAUCGCGUUGCAUGCUCUAUAGAGAUCAGCUCCCGCAGGCUAAGUUCCUCGCACGGACGUCCCUCGAGUUGGCCACGAGCACCGCGUGUCCGGGAUUGUACAUCGCGCGGGCCUGUCUCCUGCUCAGCGCGUGUUACCGAAAAAAGGGGAAAUUGGGAAAAGCUAAAGCUUUCCUGAACAAAGCGUGGCAAAAUCUAGCGACUAUUGACAACAACGAAGAUUGGUGUCGAUAUUACGACGCUUAUGGGAGUUAUCUGAAUGGAAUAAGCGAUACCAUGACACUACCGGGCCUUAAGGUCCUCGAAGAUGCAAAAGAAUGCUUUUCCAAACAGCUGGAAGCGGCUGGUAGGGAAACAAAAAAGACGCUCUACAGCCAGCGAUUUCACGCGUUGUUAAAAAUGGCGCGAACGCUCCUCGACGCUAAUACCAUAUUUGGUCAACAGCGCGACGUUCCGGACAGUGACGUCACGAAAGCCGGCGAAUACCUGGACAAGAUCGAGACGGAAUUGUUGGAGAAUGUCGCACGUGGCCCGCAAGUGCAGUUCAUGAUCAUCAGAGUAAAACAGUAUUAUAGACAACAGAGGUUCCGGGAGGCAGCAUCUUUGUUAAAAGAGUCUAUAGAUAUGGCUGAGAUUGUGGGCUGCGGUCAGGACAGAGCGUUAAUGGCACACGGGCUGAAAAUGUUAACACUCAAAGCUGGACAACAAAAUUCUAAAAUAUCGAGUGCAGAAGGGACUGGAGAUAGAGAGAGCAGUGAUGGACGAAGAGAAAGGGAAACCCUUGAAAGCGCAUCUGACUCAGUCGGCGUCUUUGACUCAGAUUGACUUGGCGACUGAUUGAAGAGAUAAAUUGAAUAGCGUGUGUCGUAUGCA